AUGGCGAAAGCGGGUGCGAGGGGCCAGUUCAAUCUGGCUGCUUCGACUGUCACGGAGGACUACAUCGGCUAUCUGCCGGAACGGGAAGAAGGUAUCGCGAGGGCAGCGGUCGAGGACCUCGACGCCGACGAGCUCUGGCGCCGCUUCGUCUCUGUCCGACGACCGGUCCUGAUUGAUGGCUUGGCGCAGGAUGACAGCUGGGCGGGCCAGCGCUGGACGGAUCUAGAGCACCUGCGGAGCGUGGCAGGUUCCACACAGGUCAAGAUUGAACCCAUUGACGCUGAGAGGCAGCAUUUCGGGACAAAUGCCAAGCGGACACAGGUCCGCCUGGACGAGUUUCUGGACAUUUUGAAGGACCCGGACCAGGCAGGCAAGUGGUACAUGACGACGCAGUAUGUCGACGACGAAGAGGAACGGUCAUCGGAGGAGAUGAGCCGUAGGAGCGACGUGAAUGGUGGAGACAGCGACAGCGCUGAGGAAGACGAAGAGGCAACCGGAUCGGAGGAUGAUUACGGCGAUGGUUUGCCUCACGUCGAUCUCGAUCUCUCAUUACCGCCGCCGACGGACGCGCUUGCCAAUGAGUUUCCUCUGCCAGGACCCAAGCUAAUGGGCAACCUCGUCCUGCAGCAGUGCAACCUCUGGAUGGGAAAUGGCGCAAGCGGGAAGAGCAGCGGCCUGCACCAUGACUUCCACGAUAACCUCUACAUGCUCCUGUCGGGCAGAAAGAGAUUUCUUAUAUGGCCGCCUCUGGCCCAUCGUUGGCUCGAGCCCGUGGGCAAGCUCGACCGUGUGCACACCAAUGGUCUCAUUGAGUACGAUCUGCCGCAACAGCCACCUCUUCGACCCGACGGUCUCACAAUGGGCGAGGCAGCAGCGUGGUUGCUGCGCGCGCGUGUUAGAGCGAUGCAUGUUGCCGACGAGAAGGCCGCUCAAGCUGCGGGCGAAGCUGGCCGAACGAGAGCGACGAGAAAGGGCAAGGGGAGGCAAACGGCUGAGCAGCAAGAAGCCCUCGAGCGAUUGCGAGAGGCAGAGGCACAGGUACUCUUGCUACAGCUUCAGGAAGAAGAGGAUAGUGAUGACGAUGACGAGGUACCCGACUGGAGUGACCUGGAUUCAGAUGACUUAUUGGCUGGACUCAGCCAGGAGGAGGAUGAAGACGACGAGGAUGAUGAUGGAGAAGAAGAGGGAGAGGAUGGAGAAGAUGACGAAGAGUCGGAAGGAGAGGAGGAGGAAGGCGACGAAUCCAGUCCAUCUGGCCAAGCCCGUCGAGGGAAAGGAGGAAAGAGGCAGAGGUCGCCUCCCCUGAAGAUCCCCAAGGGCGGUCUGCCUGGCGGUCUUCGCGGUCGGCUCGACGCGCGACCGGGAGAAGUGGAAGAGGACGAUUGGGACAGCGAGGGGGAGCAUGAGCACUUUGGACUCGACGAAGAAGACGACGACUUAGAAGAUGGCGUAGACAUGGUCGCCGCCAUUGACAAUCGAAUAGCGAUGGUCGCAAGACUCAUGUCCGAUUCUGACGAAGACGAAGAAAUCCGCGGUCGGCCGCCAGAUGCGGAAGGCGAAAGUGAAGAAGCAGACGAUGACGACGACAAUGACGAUGACGAUGACGACGAGAAUGAGGACGAGGACGAGGAAGAAGACGAGGAGGAGGAGAUCAACGGCUUUCCCGUUGCUGCGGCGGAGGCUGAUGAGUCCGGUUCCGAAUGGUCCAAUGCUGAAGAUGGCGAAGCGACUUUGGAUGCACUGGCACGACUGCAAGCCGAAGGCGUCGAUGUCGACUUGGACGAGGAGGACCCGAUGAGCUUCAGCAAGAUCACGCCAAAGGCUCUGCACUGGUACUUUCAGGUCCCCGACGAUCCUGCUGCGAGCGUCGAGGAGCAGCAGAAAGCCAACAAGGCGUUUCAAGACGAGCAUGGGAGAAAGCCAAUCAAGCAACGACCGCUUUUCCCAAGGCCUGGCUGCCCGCCGCCUGUUGAGGUUCACCUGAAGCCGGGUCAGAUGCUCUACCUGCCUGCCAGCUGGUACCACGAAGUAACGUCCUACUCUGAGGCACCGGCCAAGGGAAGCAGCAGCGACCCACCAGCCGUGCACAUGGCGCUCAACUACUGGUUCCACCCGCCCAGUGCGUUGUCGAGGCGAGGGGAGGGCGGCUCGUCGACAGGGAAGAAGGCGUCAAGCAACACACGGGACAACACUUUGUCGUCCCUUGGCACGGCCGUGUCGCCCUAUCUGGACCCCGAGGUGUGGGACGAAGUGCGAACGAGCGUCCAGGAGAAGAUCGAUGAGAUUCGGGGCCGCAAGGGGAAGAGCAACGGAGAGGUGACAGCUUCGACGACUUCGCCGAAAGCGACGAGGGAGAAGAAGAAGAGAAAGGCGACCGAGGAGCAAUCCGAGGAGGACGAGGCCCUAUCAAAGAAGGUCAAGGGACCAAGGAAGUUCUCGUGA